GAUGAGUUGUGGCUGUGCAGCAAUAACCUCGCUCAGGGCGCAGCAGCUGUCCCGCUGAGGGACGCCUCCGACACACCCAGCUGAGACAACCCACUCCCAACAGGCGCUCUGAAUACAACGCCAGCGCCAGUUAUACCCGCUGCUCCGUGGUCUGCUUUGUGCACGCAAACGCCACAGAGGCCGGGCUGCACAAGUUCAUCCCCCGCCGGAACGCCGACCUCCUUUGGGAAGUUUCAGCUUGGAAGUGAACGAGCGACUGUGGCAAGCGGCCAAGCCAUCUCCUGUACUGACGCAAUGUGCAGUUUAACCAAGUCGCUUUGUUUUUCGCUCCUGUCGGGCGAUCGUGUGGAUUCGUUCUAGGAAUCCGAUGGUGACUGUUUAAUGUUUGCUGGAGGAUCUCGCUCUGAGUUCCUGGAAUCUGUGCUUUGGGGCUUUACAACGUUUAAUUGCACGAUAAUGAAGCGGCGGCGGGCUGUUGCUGUUUGCAGGAGUCCUUGCCCCAGGCGCUGGGAUUUCAUACUCUUUGUAGCAGUGUUUCUGAUCAUGAACGAUCCACGAGUGGUGCAAAGUGAAGAGAAGUCGUGUCACGGGGCGUUUGAUCUGUACUUUGUACUUGACAGAUCCGGGAGUGUUUCUGACAACUGGGGUGAAAUCUAUGAAUUUGUGGAAACACUGGUCCAUCGAUUUGUCAGUCCCCAAAUGAGAUUAUCUUUCAUCGUGUUUUCAUCCCGAGCUGAUGUGAAGAUGCCUCUCACCGGUGACAGGAAUGAAAUCAAAAAUGGUCUUGAAGUUCUCAAAGAAGUGAUACCAGCGGGUGACACCUACAUGCAUGAGGGUAUAAAAAAGGCUAAUGAUCAAAUAAAGCAACAACUACAUAUGAAGACUGCAAGUUCUAUUAUAGUUCUAACCGAUGGAGAACUCUUGGACAGGGUGUUGCACUACACAAUGAUACAGGCUGAAGAAGCAAGGAAACUGGGAGCGAUCAUUUAUUGUGUUGGGGUCAAAGAUUUUGAUGAAGCUCAGCUGGACCAUGUUGCAGACUCACCGAAACAUGUCUUCCCGGUUAAUGAAGGAUUUCAUGCCUUAAAGGGUAUUAUUGAUUUGAUAUUAAAGAAAUCAUGUACUGAAAUUUUGAAUGUGGAGCCAUCAUCUGCAUGUGCUGGGCAUAAAUUUGAGAUUGUGCUGAGGGGAAAUGGCUUUGAAAACGGCAGAGGAGCAGAUAUGACCAUAUGCAGCUAUUACAUAAAUGCUUCUACCACUAUAAAUGAGAAAAGUAUCAAGGUGACGGAUAAUUACCUGCUAUGCCCAGCUCCUACGAUGCAAGAAGUGGGGCAAACAAUGGAAGUUUCAGUGAGUUUGAAUAACGGACAGUCAUUCAUCUCCAGUUCACUUACCAUCACCGCCACAUCUUGUUCUGACGGAACAGCUGUAUUCCUUGCCAUAUUCGUCAUUAUGCUGUUGCUGGGACUGGCAUUGCUCUGGUGGUUCUGGCCUCUUUGCUGCAAAUUGGUCAUAAAAGAUCCACCUCCGCGUCCACCUCCUCCGAAAGAGGAACUGACACCUGAUGCAGAGCGAAAAAAGAAGUGGCCAACUGUUGAUGCUUCAUACUAUGGUGGCAGAGGUGUUGGUGGAAUAAAAAGAAUGGAGGUCAAGUGGGGAGAUAGGGGAUCAACUGAAGAAGGAGCAAGGUUAGAAAUGGCCAGAAAUGCUGUUGUUACUGUCCCAGAGGGUGAAGAGGAACUUAUGACACCAAGGCGGCCCAAACCACCCCCGUCGGCUCAAACUCCACUAAAGUGGUAUGAUCCAAUUAAGGGUAGACUUGACGCAUUGUGGGCACUGUUGGGACGGCAAUAUGAUCGAGUUUCUUUGAUGCGACCACAAAGCGGUGAUGAGGGUCGGUGCAUCAACUUCAGUCGCGUUCAGACACAAUAAACAUCACAAAGCUAGGGCUGCUUUAUUUUCUCUACUCAGUACUGAAGAAUGGUGAAGAAUAUUCUACUUCCAAUGGACAUCGGUGGAUUUCCAUUAAAAAGAUGGGGAAAAGACUGCAACUUCCAGGCGCAUUUUGUUAACUCUUGCCACAGGACUACAGCAAGACCAAUGUGUCAAGACAUUUGUAAAGAACAGUAACAGCUCAGUUCCCUUUCCGAUCAUCAGUCCUUCAUAAUGCCAGAGCAGAUGAGCACCCGUCCCACUCAUUUUUUUCCAGUCUGAAUGUAGUUUGACCAUAAUAUGCUGUUUCAGAUAAUCAAAUUUUAUAGACAGAGUGUAUUGUCAAACUCGAACCUAUUAGCCACAGGCAGAGCAGCAAUCUCACCAGACCUACCCGGUGCAUAAGUUCAUUGCCUUUCGGCGAUGUCACAUCACAAGAUCUUUCCAACUUCACCACUUUACAAUGCCUUACGGGAGCCGUCUGACUGAAAAUCUUGUCAUUUUCCACUGAAAAGUGCACACGCAUGACAAAAUGUAGACAGAAUGCCUCAAGGUACGGGAAUCAGCUAGACUUUGCCCUUUAGUUUUUGAAGACACCUUUCUUUCAUUAUGUACUGAGAAAGAAAAUUAAUAGAGCGUUAUCUUACAGCAGCACAGCCUAUAACCAAAGAUCUUCCGCAGAAAUUGAGACAUUGGUGCUGUGAGGCUUGAUGUGGUGGCUGGUGCUUUGCAUUUGCUCUAAUCCUGUGUUCAGUAGCGCAUAACCCGUCAUCGUAUUAAAGCAUACCCAUUGAUCUGCUUACUUCUAUUAAACAAAUAAAUAAGAGAGAAUAGAGCAAUCCUGCUACAAACCAAGGUUGCAUACCGUGGUAUUCCCUUAUUCCUCAAAUCUCCAAGGACUUUGCAGUGUCACAAGCCAGCAACUCUCUUUGCAUGAGAAUUUCAAAGUUUAAUUAAUAUAAUUAAAGGCAACAGCAAGCAGCAGCCUGUGAAGAUUUUCCUCAUUUUUUUAUGCUUUUUGACAUUGAAUGACCUAUUGCUUUUUGAGCUAUGCUUGGAUUUUUAAAAGCAUUUUGUGUUGGUUAGGCGUGAAACAGGAAAAGGUGCCCUUGUUUGCAACCAAGCAAUCAAGUUAUGUUUUUUUCUAUUGCAGCCCCGUUUCCAAAUAUUGAGGCAAUAUAUAUAUAUUCUUUUUUUUCCCCAACCGCUUUGGCAAGACAACGAUCCCAAAUGAUGUCAGUAUGAGCGGAAACACUGUGGGGGAGAAGAAGGCAGCAGCUGAAAAAAGCUCGAAUGAUGCAGUCACUUUCGAUACUGUACAUGAAAUGCAAAAUGGAUAUUCGAGUCGAAACCUGACAAAGCGCGCCUGCUUUGAUGUGAACUGGUAUAGACAAUGACCAGUGGCUGGGUCAGUGGGAUGCCUCUCUGCAAGCAGGGAAGCUUAUCAAAUGACACUAAAAAUAAGUUCAACAACCAUCACAUUUGAGAGAACAGGCGAACAUUUCACAUUUGGUGGGCAAGCAAGUGCGCGAGAUGGGAAGAGCGAUAGUGAAUAGUCUUGGUCUAAUUAUGCUUUUGAGCUGCUCAUCAAAAUCACAUGGGGCAUGAGUGUUUCCUUUAGUUUACAUGCAAAAUGUAUGAUGUUGCCAAAGCUGCUCUUGCUUAAUCUAUUGCUCAUUAUUAUUUACAGCAAUGGCAAGAUUGUAAGUACAGCCUUUUGGUACAGUGCAAAAUAAAUGUUACUAUAAUUUUUAAAUAUGCCUGAUUUCCAUUAAUUUUUUUUAUUUUUAAAAGAGGAUUUUCAAUAUCUGUGGAGUUGGACUCACUAUCUGUGUUUUUAAUUGAGGAAUUACACUAUAUUCCAGAGUCCCCCCCAUUAAGGAACAACUGUCUCCAUUUAGCCAAAGCUUUGUGCACGCUUGUGUUUACACCAAUUUAGAAUAAAAUGAACCAGUUUAAUGUUGCACAGAUCUGUAAUAUCAUAAGUAAUUUAUCUUCAGAGGUUGCGCAAAAAAUCUAAGUGUUAUUUUUCUUAAUGCUUAUGUAACUUAACUUAGUGCCAAACUGCAGCCUAUGUGCCUGGCUCAUUGCUGAAUUACGCUUUAGUGCAUUGUGCAAACUGAGAAUUUGGAUAAAUAUAAAAAUUGGUUUAAAGUCUUUAUGCACAAAUAUAUAUGCCUUGUUAUGAUUCUUUGUAACAUUAAUUUAACAUAUGCUCAAAAAGAUUUAAAAUACGAUUCCAAACUACUUGUGCAUAUCAUGUGUGGAACGGUACAGCAUAAUGCCUAAUCUGGAAACUCUUACCGCUGUGUAAAUUUAUCAUAGAUUCACUGUGUAGUCUUACACAAAGUGUUAUUUUGAUUCGCUAACAUCACUUCAAAAAUCUUGAGUAAUAAUUUAUUUAUUUAAAAUUAUAUAUAGCAUUACCAAAAAUUAACUUAUAAUAUUGCUGUUUAACAUUUUGAACAAAAUGAUAUCCUAUCAGCAAAUUCAUUGAAAUAUAUGGAUGUAAAAGUAAUGCAGAAAAGAAAAUUAACAUCUGAACAACAAUUGGGGAAUAUAAAAUUAAAAUGUCAUAUGUUGUUCAGCUUAAUAUAUUUUUCAUAAAUCUGCAAAUUACAAAAUACAUGUUUAUCCAAAUUCCCAUAGUUUAAUUUGGAGAAUAUAUUACAAACAUAUUCAAUAGAUACUAUUAUAAUUAUGUGAGUAAUUUCUGUCUGAUCUUUUUCUUUGUUUAGAUGAAUGCUCAAAUCCUUCAUAAAAAACAGAAAUAACAAUAAAAAUGUCUGUGAUCACACCAGUGCAAGAAAAUUGUGUUAGAGUUUAUUUGCAGAUUGAUUUGCGAGUGCUCAGCUCGGGGGGUAGUUUUGCCGCAGCUAGUAAAGUUGAAAUAAGACACAAAUAUGCAUAUAUUUUAAACUAAUUCACAAAGAAAAAAUACUGCUAGCAGUUGUAUGAAGUUGUGCAGUUGUAUCUUAACAAAAUGCUGAGCUGUUUCUGUCUCCAACACCUCUACAACAUGGAAAAUGAAAUAUAAGCAUCCACUACGCCAGUAAUCAGCAACAAAAAUAUCACAUCCAGAAUCAGUAUGGUCUAUUUUACUUUUCAAGUACUUUGUCCAAGAGGUGCACAUUUUACUUGUCUGUUUUGUUUUACGUAAAUUGAUUAAAGUAAACCCCUAAAUGUUA